AUGAACACCGUUAUCACUAUAGUGAUAUAUUUGGAUAUCAAAUUGCAUACUCCAAUGUAUCUCUUCCUCUGUAACUUGUCCGUUGUUGAUAUCUGUUAUACAACUAUUACUGUUCCAAAACUCCUCUACAUCUUACUUUCUGAUGAUAACAAAGUCUCCUUUACUCAAUGUCUCACCCAGAUUUACUUUUUCUUUAUAGCAGCCAGUGCUGAGAUCAUGGUUAUAUUUGCAAUGGCAUAUGACCGAUAUGUUGCAGUUUGUCACCCUUUGAACUAUCAUUGCAUCCUUAGUAAAAAUACCUGUGUAUUAAUUGUGAUGGUCAUCUGGAUUUGUGCAUGUGUAAAUUCAUCUUUACUUACAAAUUCUAUCCUCAAAAUGAUGUUCUGCACUUCUGUUACCGUUCACCAGUUCUUUUGUGAUGCCAAAGCUCUCAUAAACAUUUCCUGUGGUGGAAUGGAUACAUUUUACAUUCUUGUGUAUGCAAACUGUUUGCUAUUAGGAUUCUGUCCAGUCUUGUGCAACAUGAUGUCCUACAUAAGGAUUAUCAAGGUCAUACUUUCCAUUAAAUCUAAUGAGGGUAGACAUAAAGCUUUCUCCACCUGUUCUUCCCACCUCACUGUCAUGGCCAUCUAUUACGGAUCUGCUAUUUCUGUGUAUAUGAUACCAACAUCAGAAAGCUACAGUGUACUGGAACAGAAUUUAACGGUGUUCUACACCACUGUGGUUCCUGCGUUAAACCCUUUAAUCUACAGUCUAAGAAACAAAGAUGUAAAGCAUUCUUUGAGAAAAUUGGUUAAAUCAAAUUAUUUUCUUCAUUAA